UUACCAGUUGAACUAAGUAUCAUCGCUAGGGGGACCACGAGCGUGCUCCCAUUGAACUGUCGAGUUGCGCGGAACACACGUAUUAGUGAGAAAGAAAUGAACUCACGAAAACCGAGGAGGGAUUCGGACGUCCUGCUGUCCAAAUUCGGCCACAAGGAGUUGCUCUUCAAGUUCCUCGUAAUCGGUGACUAUGGUGUCGGGAAAACAGCUUUAGUUAGAAGAUACACAGAAGGAAAAUUUACGUCGAAUUACAAGAUUACCAUAGGCGCCGAUUUUGCAAUAAAAUCACUUGACUGGGAUCCCAUCACUAAAAUAAACUUACAAUUAUGGGAUGUUGCUGGCCAUGAAAGGUUUGGAUACAUGACUAGAGUUUAUUAUAAAUAUGCAGUGGCUGCAGCUUUGGUUUUUGAUAUUUCGCGAAUAGCUACUUUUCAAUCAAUCAAAAAAUGGCUCUCUGAUCUAAGGGAAAAAGUUACACUUCCAGAUGGUUCGAAUAUACCAGUAGUCCUCUUAGCAAAUAAAUGUGAUAUUCCUUAUCCGGUUGUACCGACUGAACAGAUUGCUAAAUUUUGCAAAGAGAAUAAUAUUGGUGCUUGGUACAUAACCUCUGCGAAAGAAAAUACGAAUGUUGAUGUGGCGAUGCGCUAUUUAGUUGAGAAUGUGCUUAAAACUAGAAUUGAUGGAGGAAUUCGUGAUUCUGUCCGAUUACGAGAUAAGCCCAUGAUUCGAGAAAAAAACGGGUGUUGCAAGUCAUAA